AUGGAGAAAAAUAAUGGGAAUGGCAAAAGAGACGUUCAUGUGAGGAGCUUAACUGGGGAAUCUGUUUCUGUAUCAAUUGAACCAAACAACACCAUUCAACAACUCAAGCAACUCCUCAAGCACGUUUUCCCUCCUGCUUCAACUUCCCCAAAUUUCCAUCUAUUCCUCAAGGGAACAAAAUUGAGUUUGCAGAAACAGAUUAGUAGUUUUUCAUUGGGCUCCGAGGAAUUCCUAGUUCUUGUUCCGUUUGCAAGAAAAGAGAGGCAGAAUAGUGAGAAGAUUGAUGAUUCUGGGGGGUCCUCUACCAGCCCGAAUAGCAGUCUGCCAUCAAAAGUAGCUCAGUCAACAUAUUCUGACUUAGUGCAGGACCUGUCGACGCUGAGUAGCUUCUCCUGUUAUCAGCAUCAGUCUGAGGUGGAAUUGGAAAAUGGGGGUGAGCAAAGUCAAAGAACAUCUGAAGAUUACUAUUCGCCAGUUAAACGAAGGAGGAGGUCCACCGUCACUGAUGACAAGAACCAGGACCUUGUGGUUGAUUUACUACAAUCAUCCCAUACUGAUACCCUUGACGACAAUGGCUGGAAAAUAUUUUUGCAGAUUUUGGACUCUGUAAACUGUUUAGCUGAUCAAAAAACUUCCAACUGCAUAUUAAGGAUAGCUAAUUCCCCGGAUAAUGUUGCGUAUCCCUGCACAAGCAAGAAUAGUUUGUGCAUGUGUCCACCGUGGUUGAAGAAAGUCAUGAAGGCAUUUGCUUUCUUGAAUACGUACACUGCAUUUUGUCAACUGUGUCUGAUGAAAGUCACUCUAAGUAUGCUGAGAAAAGCACUGGACCAGCUCUCAAAAUUUGGACUUGAAGUUGGUAUUGCGGACAUUGAACAACUUGCUAUUCUUUGUCCUAAGAUUGUAAAACUUGUUGAGGAUGAAGCAGAAGUGCCGGUUUUGGGUGAUACUCUCACUAUCCUGAAUGGUUCUUGUCUCGAAAAGAAAGAUCAGCAUGGACCUACGUGUAAUGUUGUUUCCUCAACAGCGAGAAAGCGUGACCAUCUUUUCAAAAUUCUUAAUGAAAUGAAGAAGAGGGGAGAUGCUUUUGUUGAUGUUCUUUCAGCAGCUGUCAAGAAGUUACAGCGUGGAAAUGAUAGGGGGGAGUUAUUUUCCUUGGAAGACCUUCGUGGCUUUGUAAACGAUGCUACAGGAACUCGAGAAAAAAGGGAUGGGAAAAGGUCAAGAAGAAACAACCACCAAUCGUCAAAUUCUAAUUCAUUUGAACAGCAAUGCAAUGACACUAACCCCUUGCUUCCUGAGGAAAUGGUGGAACAUUUAAAGCAUGGCCUUGGAUCUUAUGGACAGAUAGUUCAUGUUGAAGAAAUCCAGGCCCGGCAUGGAAAUUGUGUUGAAAUUCCGAGUGAACUUUCAGAAAGCACAACUUCAGCACUCAAACGCAUUGGAAUUACUAGAUUGUACAGUCACCAGGCCCAGGCCAUUCAGGCUUCGCUUGCUGGAAAACAUGUAGUUGUUGCAACCAUGACUUCCAGUGGAAAAUCUCUUUGCUACAACGUACCCGUCCUUGAAGUACUGUCACGUAAUUUGUUGGCAUGUGCACUGUACCUUUUCCCUACUAAGGCUCUAGCUCAAGAUCAACUAAGAACCCUGCUGAUAAUGACAAAUGGGUUUGAGGAGAGCCUGAAAAUUGGAAUAUAUGAUGGUGAUACCCCUCAGGUGGAUAGAUUAUGGCUACGCGACAAUGCUAGAGUGUUAAUCACAAAUCCAGAUAUGUUGCAUGUCUCAGUAUUGCCUUCACAUGGACAAUUCAGUCGUUUCUUGUCAAAUCUUAGGUUUGUUAUCCUUGAUGAAGCUCAUGCCUAUAAGGGGGCAUUUGGAAGCCAUGCUGCCCUGAUUAUUAGACGGCUUCGUCGAAUCUGCUCUCAUGUCUAUGGCAGUGAUCCGUUGUUUGUAUUUUCUACUGCUACUUCGGCUAAUCCUGGAGAUCAUGCCAUGGAACUUGCAAAUUUAAAGGAGAUAGAGUUGAUUGACGAAGAUGGUAGUCCCUCAGCACUGAAGCUUUUUAUGCUCUGGAAUCCUCCUUUAUGUGACUGGAGACAGAUGAUGGGUGACAAGAAAUCAAAGUCAUCUUCUAGUAGAGAUGUGGGGACGAAACGUUCAAGUCCAAUUAUGGAGAUUUCACUACUCUUUGCUGAAAUGGUACAGCACAGGCUUCGAUGUAUUGCUUUCUGCAAAUCACGAAAACUUUGCGAACUUGUUCUGUUUUACACGCGUGAGAUUCUUCAAGAUGCAGCUCCGCACCUUGUUGAUUCUAUCUGCGGUUAUCGUGGUGGCUACACAGCUGAGGAUAGAAGACGGAUUGAAAGUGACUUUUUCAGCGGUUGUGUUUGUGGUAUCGCUGCAACGAAUGCACUUGAGUUGGGAAUUGAUGUUGGACACAUUGAUGUGACCCUACAUUUGGGUUUUCCUGGAAGUAUAGCGAGUCUCUGGCAACAAGCUGGAAGGUCUGGUCGGAGGGGAAAGCCAUCACUUGCCGUAUAUGUUGCAUUUGAUGGGCCUUUGGAUCAGUAUUUCAUGAAGUUUCCUAACAAACUUUUCCGCAGCCCGAUAGAGUGUUGUCACAUUGAUGCAAAAAAUAAGCAGGUUCUUGAACAGCAGCUGAUGUGUGCUGCUGCAGAACAUCCUUUGAGUUUGAUCUUUGACGAAAAUUCUUUUGGACCUGGAUUAGAGAGUGCCAUUUUUGCUCUUAGAAACAAAGGAUUACUGGCUACUGAUCCUUCUCGAGAAUCUUCUGCUAGAAUUUGGAACUACAUUGGACACGAGAAAGCACCAUCAAGAAAUGUUAGUAUUCGGGCAAUAGAAACUGAGAAGUACAGAGUAAUUGACGUGCAAAAGAAUGAAGUCCUUGAGGAAAUUGAAGAAAGCAGGGCAUUUUUCCAGGUGUAUGAUGGUGCUGUUUAUAUGAAUCAAGGGAAAACAUAUCUCGUAAAAGACUUGGAUUUAUCAAGUAAAAUUGCUUGGUGCCAACAGGCAGAUCUGAAGUAUUACACCAAAACACGUGAUUACACGGACAUUCAUGUCAUUGGUGGUCAGACUGCCUAUGUUGCCAAAAUAAUUUCUUCAACUUUUCCAAGAACUUCUGCCCAAGUUAGUGCUUGCAAAGUAACAACAACUUGGUUUGGUUUCCGGCGUAUAUGGAGAGGAAGCAACCAGGUUUUUGAUACCGUUGAACUGUCCCUGCCUGAUUAUUCGUACGAGUCACAGGCUGUUUGGAUUCGGGUUCCCGAGUCAGUCAAGUUAGCUGUGGAGACUUUAAAUUACUCAUUUCGAGGAGGAUUACAUGCAGCUUGUCAUGCUCUACUUAAUGUUAUUCCAUUAUAUAUAAUAUGCAACCCAUCAGACUUGGCUUCAGAGUGUGUAAACCCUCAUGAUGCUCGCUAUGCUCCUGAAAGAAUCCUACUCUAUGAUCCACGCCCUGGUGGGACUGGUAUUUCAGCACAGGUUCAACCACUUUUCACCGAGCUGUUAACGGCUGCCUUGGAACUUCUCACUUCGUGUGUAUGCCUUGGAGAUGCUGGAUGUCCUAAAUGUGUACAAAGCCUCACCUGUGGAGAGUACAAUGAGGUCUUACACAAAAAUGCCGCAAUUAUGAUCAUUAAGGCAGUUAUAGAGUCUGAAAAAUCGGGUGCUGGUGAAGUUCCAGGUUGA